CCCAAGGUCGCGGCAGAGGAGAUAGGGGUCUGUCCUGCACAAACACCCCACCUUCCACUCGGCUCACUUAAGGCAGGCAGCCCAGCCCCUGGCAGCACCCACGAUGCGGGACCUGCCUCUCACCAGCCUGGCCCUAGUGCUGUCUGCCCUGGGGGCUCUGCUGGGGACUGAGGCCCUCAGAGCAGAGGAGCCAGCUGUGGGCACCAGUGGCCUCAUCUUCCGAGAAGACUUGGACUGGCCGCCAGGCAGCCCACAAGAGCCUCUGUGCCUGGUGGCACUGGGCGGGGACAGCAAUGGCAGCAGCUUCCCCCUGCGGGUGGUGGGGGCUCUAAGCACCUAUGAGCAGGCCUUCCUGGGGGCCGUGCAGCGGGCCCGCUGGGGCCCCCGAGACCUGGCCACCUUCGGGGUCUGCAACACCGGUGACAGGCAGGCUGCCUUGCCCUCUCUACGGCAGCUGGGGGCCUGGCUGCGGGACCCUGGGGGGCAGCGCCUGGUGGUCCUACACCUGGAGGAAGUGACCUGGGAGCCGACACCCUCGCUGAGGUUCCAGGAGCCCCCGCCUGGAGGAGCUGGCCCCCCAGAGCUGGCGCUGCUGGUGCUGUACCCUGGGCCUGGCCCUGAGGUCACUGUGACGAGGGCUGGGCUGCCGGGUGCCCAGAGCCUCUGCCCGUCCCGGGACACCCGCUACCUGGUGUUAGCGGUGGACCGCCCUGCGGGGGCCUGGCGCGGCUCCGGGCUGGCCUUGACCCUGCAGCCCCGCGGAGAGGGCUCUCGGCUGAGUACCGCCCGGCUGCAGGCACUGCUGUUCGGCGACGACCACCGCUGCUUCACACGGAUGACCCCGGCCCUGCUCCUGCUGCCGCGGUCCGAGCCCGCGCCGCUGCCUGCGCACGGCCAGCUGGACACCGUGCCCUUCCCGCCGCCCAGGUGCGCGCAGGCACCGGGGCACGGGGCAGGAGCGGGCGGGGGCGGCGUGGCCUCGUGGCCGCUCUCAACUCCCCCAACUGCGGGUUCCAGGCCAUCCGCGGAACUCGAGGAGUCGCCACCCAGCGCAGACCCCUUCCUGGAGACGCUCACGCGCCUGGUGCGGGCGCUGCGGGGCCCCCCGGCCCGGGCCUCCGCGCCGCGUCUGGCCCUGGAUCCGGACGCGCUGGCCGGCUUCCCGCAGGGCCUAGUCAACCUGUCGGACCCCGCGGCGCUGGAGCGCCUACUCGAUGGCGAGGAGCCGCUGCUGCUGCUGCUGAGGCCCACUGCGGCCACCACCGGGGAUCCUGCGCCCCUGCACGACCCCACGUCGGCGCCGUGGGCCACGGCCCUGGCGCGCCGCGUGGCUGCCGAACUGCAAGCGGCGGCUGCCGAGCUGCGAAGCCUCCCGGGUCUGCCUCCGGCCGCAGCCCCGCUGCUGGCGCGCCUGCUCGCGCUCUGCCCAGGUGGCCCCGGCGGCCUCGGCGAUCCCCUGCGAGCGCUGCUGCUCCUGAAGGCGCUGCAGGGCCUGCGCGUGGAGUGGCGCGGGCGGGAUCCGCGCGGGCCGGGUCGGGCACAGCGCAGCGCGGGGGCCACCGCCGCCGACGGGCCGUGCGCGCUGCGCGAGCUCAGCGUAGACCUCCGCGCCGAGCGCUCCGUACUCAUCCCCGAGACCUACCAGGCCAACAAUUGCCAGGGCGUGUGCGGCUGGCCUCAGUCCGACCGCAACCCGCGCUACGGCAACCACGUGGUGCUGCUGCUGAAGAUGCAGGCCCGUGGGGCCGCCCUGGCGCGCCCACCCUGCUGCGUGCCCACCGCCUACGCGGGCAAGCUGCUCAUCAGCCUGUCGGAAGAGCGCAUCAGCGCGCACCACGUGCCCAACAUGGUGGCCACCGAGUGUGGCUGCCGGUGACCCCUGCGCCGCGCGGACUCCUGCCCCGAGGGUCCGGACGCGCCCCAGCUCGCGCCCCUUCCCAUAUUUAUUCGGACCCCAAGCAUCGCCCCAAUAAAGACCAGCAA